CGGGGGAUGCGUCGGGCUCCCUCUGCCGCUGCGCCUGGGCGCGCGUGAGCAGCCGGCGGCGGCGGCAGCGCCAAGCGGCACCUCUCCAUCUCCUGCGAGCGCCGGGAGCGCAGCCGCCCGUCUUCUAGCCGCCCUGCUGGGCUCCUCCCGCUGCGCUCCCUUUCGCAGAGGUGGCACCGGGCGGGGGAGGACGCUAAGACCCAGAGGCUGCGGAGCAGGGGCGGCGCCAGCAGCCGCAGCAACCGCUCCCCCAGCUCGCCGCCGCCGUCCAGGGUGGCCACUGCUGCUGCUGGCCAGGCCGCCGCCGCCGCCCCCUCUUGGUCGCCCCUCCCCUCCUCCCUCUCCCCCGCGCAGCGGCGCCGGCAGCAGCAGCAGCAGCAGCAGCAGGAGGAGCCGGUCCAGCCGCCGCCGCCGCCGCCCCGAUGGCCUCCCCGCGGACCGUGACCAUCGUGGCCCUCUCGGUGGCGCUGGGGCUCUUCUUCGUCUUCAUGGGCACCAUCAAGCUGACCCCGCGCCUCAGCAAGGACGCCUACAGCGAGAUGAAACGUGCCUACAAGAGCUACGUCCGUGCGCUGCCCAUGCUGAAGAAGAUGGGCGUCAGUUCGAUCCUCCUCCGGAAGAGCAUCGGCACCCUAGAGGUGGCCUGUGGCAUCGUCAUGACCUUGGUCCCCGGCCGUCCCAAGGAUGUGGCCAACUUUGUGCUUCUGCUGCUCGUCCUGGCCGUCCUCUUCUUCCACCAGCUGGUGGGCGACCCACUCAAGCGCUAUGCCCACGCGCUGGUCUUUGGGAUUCUGCUGACCUGCCGCCUGCUGAUCGCCCGCCAGCCCGAGGAGCCGCCGCCGCCGGAGAAGAGGAGCCUGGUGGUGAACGGGGAGGAGCAGCCUCUGCUGACAGAGGCAGCGCCCGAGAAGGGCAAAAUCAAGGUGUCCUAGUGAGGUCCCUUUUGGAGGAACACAGACCCUCGGCUCCACUCUCUCUCCAAAACACCUACAAAGAUUUGUGUUUCUCCCCCCCCCUCUUCUUUUUUUUGGUAAAGGGUUACAUUUUGGAGCAUGGGGGAACCAAAACGUAGUUUGCAGGCUAAACAACAACUUGGCUUGUGCACUCCCAACCUCUCCUGUAUCCUACACACAUGUAGACAUGAGCUAAUUCCAUGAAUCUAGAGGGGAAUAAAUGUACCAUGUGGAGUGUGUGUGUGUGUGUGUGUUGAGUGAAAGACCAGUGACUGAAUGGCUUCACUUGAAUGGCCUCUAGACCAGUCUGUAUUCUUCAGGGGCGAAAGGAGCAGGAGGGUCCCGAUCCUGCACUUGCUCGCUGACCCGCUCUUCUCCCCUCUUUGCCUAGCCUCUAGCACUGGAGCGAUGGACUUGUUUUCCUGCUUCACAUGAGCCACCCGGUGCUUCCUGCCCACCUCUCUGGCAGAGAAGAAAGAAUGCUCUAUUCCCAGUCAUGAGCCCUGCAGCCACCUCUCCCCACCCCUUCACCCCCCAAAUUUGUCUGUGCUGCUGCCAAAAAAUCAGGGACUGCUCACUGUCUGCCUACAAAUAAACCUGCAUUUUUGCCAUAACGUUCGCUCUGACUCUCGAGAGUGACAGGUUACUGUGACUGGGUGAAGCGGCUUGGAGCUAGCAGCAGGGGUCGUUUCCCGUCCCACACGGGGAGUUGCUGAGCCCAGAGACAGGGAGGUCCCUGCUACGAAGUUCUGAACGUGCUGAGCUCGGAGGGGGAACUUGAAGGAAAGGGAUACACUGUCAUGGGAAAUACGACUUUUUCAAAGUGUGUUGCCUUGUUCGGUAUUGUCCAGUUUGCAUUCUCCUCUUCCUUCCCUCCUUUUAUCUUUUUUUGUUUUUUAAUUUAUAAAAAUAAACUUUUUGAAAUUUGGAGGAAAA